AUGGUCUGGUGUCACCUCACGCUGUCACCUCACGCUGCCACCUCACACUGUCACCUCACAUUGCCACCUCACGCUGUCACCUCACGCUGCCACCUCACGCUGUCACCUCACGCUGUCACCUCACGCUGUCACCUCACGCUGCCACCUCACACUGUCACCUCACGCUGCCACCUCACAUUGUCACCCCACACUGCCACUCACGCUGUUACCUUUACACUGUCACCACGCUGCCACCACGCCGCCACCUCACACUGUCACCACGCUGCCACCUCACACCCCGUCACCACGCUGUCACCUGACGCUGCCACCUCACACCGUCACCCCACAUUGCCACCACACCGUCACCUGACGCCGUCACCUGACGCCGUCACCACACUGUCACCCAUUGCCACCUCACGCUGCCACCUCACGCGUCACCUCACGCUGUCAAAUUUCACGCUGCCACCUCACACCGCUCACCCCACGCCGUCACCUCACACCGUCACCACGCCGCGUCACGCUGCCACCCCGCCACUGUCACCACGCUGCCACCCUGACGCUGUCACCUCACGCUGCCACCUCACACCGUCACCCUCACGCUGUCACCUUCACACUGUCACCACGCCGUCACCUCACGCUACACCACACCGUUCACCACACUGCCACCCCACGCUGCCUCACAUGCCACCACGCUGCCACCACGCUAUCACCACGCCGUCACCACGCCGCCACCUCACACCGUCACCUCACGCUGCCACCACACCGUCGCCCACAUUGCCACCACGCCGCCUCCUCACACUGUCACCUCACGCUGUCACCCCACACACCUCCACGCUGCCACCUCACACCGUCACCUCACGCUGUCACCUCACACUGUCACCACGCCGUCACCACGCUGCCACCACACCGCUCCUCACACUGCCACCUCACGCUGUUCACCCCACGCUGUCACCUCACGCUGCCACCUUCACGCGCCUCCCCACACCGUCACCACGCCGUCACCACGCCACCCUCACACUGUCACCCCACACUGCCACCACGCCGUCACCUCACGCUGCCACCACGCUGCCUCCUCACACUGUCACCACACGCUGUCACCUCACAUUGCCACCCCACGCUGCCACCACCUCACGCUGUCACCUCACACUGUCGCCUCACAUUGCCACCUCACGCUGCCACCUCACGCUGCCACCUCACGCUGUCACCUCACGCUGUCACCUCACGCUGCCACCUCACGCUGCCACCUCACACUGUCACCUCACGCUGUCACCUCACGCUGUCACCUCACACUGCCACCUGACGCUGUCACCUCACGCUGUCACCUCACAUACAAUAUUAAAGUGUUAUCGCUUUGUGUUUCCAGACAAUGAGGGAUAA